AUGGCUGAUGUUACUAUAUCGCUUGAACAUAGUAAUAAUCAUCGUCGCGACUCUGAUCAAGAUCACACAUAUUGUAGCGUAGACGAUACUUGUAGCAUGCGUCUUACCGACCGGCUUACAAUGUUUCGCAGCAAGAGUAUUGGUUGCGAUGUUGAUUUUAUCGUUGGAAUAGAGCAAAAAACUAUUAAAGCUCACAGACUUGUUCUUGGUUGUGGUUCAGAAGUAUUUGAGACGAUGUUCUACGGUAAAAUGGUACAGCAAAUGCAAGAGAAUAAUCCAGCGACGGUUGUAGUUCCAGAUGUCACUCCUCAUGCUUUUACAACUCUUAUUAAUUUUCUCUAUUCGGAUUUGAAUAUGGAUUCUAUUAAAUUGGACCUUAAUAAUGUGAUGGAUAUACUCUACGCGGCAAAGAAGUAUGAUAUAAAAACUCUCAUUUCGGCUUGCGUUCAAUAUCUGAUGACUUACUUGACUGCUUCGGAUGCACUUUGUUUACUUUCACAAGCACGCUUCUUCGACGAAGCGCUUCUGAUAAAACACUGUUUAGAGGUGAUUGAUGAAAACACGGAUGAAGCUCUAAAAUCCCCAGGACUUCGAAGUAUUGAUCGUGAUACACUUGUGGCAGUACUGGAGAGAAGUGAGCUGUAUCCGACAAAUGAACUUGUUAUUUUUAGAGCCGCACUGUCAUGGAGUGAAGCGGAAUGUGAACGACGGCAAAUGGAAGUAAAUCCUUCGAAUCAGCGCCAAGUUCUUGGUCCAGUACUUUCACUUAUACGAUUCCCGUUGAUGACAGUUCAUGAAUUUGGUGAGGCAGCUACUUCGUCGUUAUUAAGCUAUGAGGAAGUUGCCCAAGUAUUUCUUCACUUGACAGUUGUUCCGCGUCUACCGGUUCCCUAUCCGACAGGUUUACGAUGUAACGGAUGUUCCCGCCAUGUAGUAAAGCGUUUUGCUACUUUAUCUGAUAAACGCUGUAACAAUCGGGAAAGUAAGUUUUGUUUCAGGGUAGAUCGUCAGAUUUUGGUUAGUGGUUUUGGGAUAUUCGGAUUUGCACCAAGAGCAGGAGAGCUUUUAUCAUCCGUCGAUUCAUCAGCAGCUCUUGACUGGCAAACUGAAGUAGAAAUUGAGUUAUUCACAGUCAAAAUGAGUAAUCGCUCACAAAACUCAGAAGAUUUAAGUGCGACAGAAACUGUUGUCAUUCAGGGAACAAUGAAUGACGUAAAACCCGUUGUAGCUAGUUUUAGAAAACCGGUACCUGUGCUACCUGAUGUUUCUUAUACAGCUAGGAUGAAGUUUCUGGAUGAGGCUGUUAUACAGACCUAUAGUGGCGCAAAAGGCAUCGAAGUAGCGACAGUACCACUACCAUUUGAUGAGAAAAUCAACUUUCAUUUCGAGAGUAGUUCCAGGGAUUCUUAUUGUUGUUAUAAUGAUGUUCCUCAUUGUGAAGGGCAACUUCCUGAAAUACAUUUCUUUAUUCAGUGGCCUGAAGGGACUCAUUAG